AUGCCGCUGCCCGGCAGCGUGCGAGCGUGGUCUUCCCGACCCAAGGGCGCUCACCCACGCGUGCGCAAAGUGUUCUUCACCGACUACGGGCAGAUCCCCAAGGUGGAGCGCUGCGACAUGGACGGGCAGAACCGCACCAAGCUGGUGGACAGCAAGAUCGUCUUCCCCCACGGCAUCACCUUGGACUUGGUGAACCGGCUGGUGUACUGGGCUGACGCCUACCUGGACUACAUCGAGGUGGUGGACUACGAAGGCAAGAACAGGCACACCAUCAUCCAGGGCAUCCUGAUUGAACACCUCUACGGGCUGACCGUCUUCGAGAACUACCUCUACGCCACCAACUCUGACAACGCCAACGCCCAGCAGAAAACCAGCGUCAUCCGGGUCAACCGCUUCAACAGCACCGAGUACCAGGUGGUGACGCGGGUGGACAAGGGGGGAGCCCUGCACAUCUACCACCAGCGGCGCCAGCCCACAGGUGGGACCCUGGCCUGCCAAAAGCUUGCGCCCCAAAAGCUGGAGCCCGAGCACGAGCUGUUCCUGGUGUACGGGAAGGGGCGUCCGGGCAUCAUCCGUGGGAUGGACAUGGGAGCCAAGGUGCCGGAUGAGCACAUGAUCCCCAUCGAGAACCUCAUGAACCCCCGCGCGCUGGACUUCCACGCUGAGACCGGCUUCAUCUACUUCGCCGACACCACCAGCUACCUCAUCGGGCGCCAGAAGAUCGACGGCACGGAGCGAGAGACCAUCCUGAAGGACGGUAUCCACAAUGUGGAAGGGAUCGCCGUGGACUGGAUGGGGAACAACCUGUACUGGACUGAUGACGGCCCCAAAAAGACCAUCAGCGUGGCUCGGUUGGAGAAGGCCGCCCAGACGCGGAAGACGCUGAUCGAGGGGAAGAUGACCCACCCCCGGCCAUCUCCCACCACGCGGGCUUUCCCCGGGCACCCGUCCUGGCUAACGACGAGCCUUCCCACCUCCCCGGGCCCACAGAUCGUGUACGAGGGACCGGAGCUGAAUCACGCCUUCGGGCUGUGCCACUACAGCAGCUUCCUCUUCUGGACCGAGUACCGCAGCGGCAGCAUCUACCGCCUGGACCAAGCCUCCAAGGUGGUGAGCCUGCUCCGGAACGAGCGCCCGCCCAUCUUCGAGAUCCGGAUGUACGAUGCGCAGCAGCAGCAAGCCUUCCCUCUCUUCCUCCCCCUCCCUCCCUGCCAGCCUUCCCGGCUCUUUGAGCCAGGCUUUGCGUCCCCUGAGGGGUCCCCACUGCCCUGCAUGGCCUGGUGA